AUGGCGUUGCUCAUCAUAGCCGCCUUAGUGAUUGAAGGAUGCCUCGCUCAGAGCUCAUCUCAGCGACCGUGCCUAGAGGUAGAUAUCGCAAGAGCGGAACAGCAAUCCAGGGUUAUCGCCUCGGCCAUGGUGGACAAGGUUCUCGACGACUCCUCUGUCCAGGUUGCCAUCCUCCGGACCUUGAAGGGCAGCUCCGAUCUGAUGAACUCGAUCAUGAUCCUGAAAGGACUCCGUCAAGAAUGUGAUCUCCUCCGUGAGGGUGACAUCCGGUACUUCUUCAUGAAUAGCAUCAAGCCCGGGGUCAUGGUCUCGGUUCGAACCCCUCUGACCAUCUCACUCGAUCAUAUCGAUCAGCUCAAUUCCGCAGUCUUGAAAGAGCCAUUGGCGAGACGUCGGCACAUGCCAGAUCUCCCGUGCGAGCUGAAAUAUUGCCCGAACAAUCAAGAGUGCCAUGAGCAUCAGGGCCAAGCAUCUUGCCGCUGUCCGGACUCGUGCCCGUACGUUGCCGAGGCGAGCUCAGUAUGCGCGUCGAACAACGCGACUUUCCCUUCCCAUUGUCGACUACGUUUGGAUUCGUGCAGGAGGUCGGAGAGGAUCUGGGUGACCCGUUCUGGUCCGUGCAGCACUCCCCCACAGCUGCCUCUGAAACACCCUUUCGAAGCCGCCGUUCUUACAUCGUACUGA